UCAUGUAGUUCUUUCACAUGUACUUUAUAAAUAUAACCUAGUUUAGUAUAUCUAAAAGUGUCCAAUAUAUCUACAAAAAUGGCAAAGCAAAAUAACUUACAAGGAUUUAAAGUUAUUACAACCAAGUAUUGUAGCAGUUCGAAUGCAGAACAUGAGCUUUUCAUCAAAGAGCAUUCUGUUAAAAACCAAGCAGAGGAUCAGCCGAUUGGUAGAACUUUGUUCCUGAUCAAUAUCCCACCAUGGGCCACAGAGAGUGCACUUCUGAAUGCAUUUAAAAAGUCUCAAAUCAAAGUGGAAUCAGUGAAAUUUGCACCAAGGGAAAGUCAUGAUAAUGGUUUCAGAAAUGCGUUUGUGGUGGUGGACAAUGGUAAAAGUGUUGUGAAAGCUUUGAAGUUAUCUUCCUUGCCACCUUUAUCAACAGAUGGAGAGAAAAUUAGUUUAGGAUUGGAGCAAUGGGCCAAAAGUUAUAAUGAUAGUGUGAACUGCAGAGAAUCACUGAUAGCCAAGAUGACGGAAGUUGUAACGAAUUACGACUUCUCGUCGACGAAGGAGAAGGAAGAGGAGAAGAAUCAACAAGUGGACGAUGAGGGUUGGACUGUGGUGACUAAGAAGAAAGGUGGCAUGAAGCGUACUGAGAGAGCUAUAAAUAAGAUUAAGGGAAAAAUGGAGAGGAAGGAGAAGGCUUUGAAGAACUUCUACAGGCAUCAAAUCAGACAGGAAAAGAAGGAUCAGCUUGUUUUGCUGAGGAAGAAGGUGGAGGAGGACAAGAAGAGGAUUCUUACUUUGAGGCAAAGGAGAGCCUUCAAACCAUUCUGAUUUGUUAUAUUUAUUUCUUAUUCUGUAUAUACAUUUAACAUUAAA